GACCCGGCCGACCUGUGUCACAGCCGCAAGUUCAGCGCCGCGUGUAACUUCAGCAACAUCCUCGUCAACCAGGAAAGGCUGAACAUCAACACGGCCACGGAGGAGGAGCUGAUGACCCUCCCCGGGGUCACCCGGGUGGUGGCCCAGAACAUCGUGGAGUACCGGGAGUACAUCGGUGGUUUUAAGAAAGUGGAGGACCUGGCGUUGGUGAGCGGGGUGGGGGCGGCUAAGCUGGAGCAGGUGAAGUUUGAGAUCUGCGUGAGCAGCAAGGGCAGCUCGGCACAGCACUCACCCAGCUCCCUGCGCAAGGACCCGGCCUCCGAGCAUCACCUCUCCGCCACCAAGAUCAACAUCAACACAGCCACCCCAGCCCAGCUCAUGAGCAUCCGCGGCAUCACCGAGAAGAUCGCCAACAGUAUUGUGGACUACCGUAAAGAGCAUGGGCCCUUCAAAAGUAUUGAGGACCUAGUGAGGAUGGACUGCAUCAAUUCCUCCUUCCUGGACAAAAUCAGGCAUCAGAUUUUCGCGGAGCGGUCCCGUCCCCCUUCGACAAACACCAACGGUGGCCUCAACUUCACAGCCAAGCCUCACCCCAGCCCCACUUCUCUGAGCCUCCAGAGCGAGGACUUGGACUUUCCACCUGGGGGUCCAACCCAGAUCAUAUCCACUCGCCCCUCUGUGGAGAUGUUUGGGGGGAUGAGAGAUGGCAGACCCGUCCUGAGGCUGGCUACCUGGAACCUGCAGAGCUGCUCCAUCGAGAAAGCCAACAACCCGGGUGUGCGGGAGGUCGUGUGCAUGACGCUGCUGGAGAACAG